GCUUCAAAGACACAAGUCGACCUCAAGGUUUUUAGCUUUAGCUAAACAGAUUUUGCCGUUUUGGUUUGAACGAGGUUGGUACUUCAGGUGUUAAACUUUUUGUUAGUAUAUCUAGGUCUCACUCUCCCUUCCAUAGUUUUCUUCGCGACGCCAUUGAUGGCAUAUAUGGAGCAAAACAUUCGAAAGCGGAACCAGGUCGAGCCAACUCAAACAGAAACCCCCAAGAAGAGCAAAACAGGAGGCGCUAAUGGGCCUCGGAGGGCUUCUGCUUACAUUAAUACUUCUAUAAGAAUAGAUUAUCAGCUAGACAUUUGUAAGGAUUACAAACAAACUGGUUUUUGUGGGUAUGGAGGAAGUUGCAAAUUUUCACAUGAUCGUGGGGACUACGAGUCUGGUUGGCAGUUGGAGAAGGAGAGGGAUGAAGAAAGGAAGAGAAGAUUAGGUCUCGAUGAGUUUCGUGAUUCGGAGCAAACUGAAGCAGAAGAAGAAGAAGAAGUUGACAAUGAGCAUGCAUGUUCCAUCUGCAAGAAACCUUUUGUUGUUCAUGUUGUAACUAAAUGCAAACACCACUUCUGUUUGCGUUGUGCACUAAAGCAUGAUCAAAAGAAGAAGAAGUGCUUUGUUUGCCAUAAGCCGACUAAUGGUUCAUUCAUCCCAUUCGAUGCUGUUUUUAAGAGAGGGAAAAGAAGGCAUGGCUGCUGAUGAGGAUAGACUUGGAGAAUGAUUCUCCUAUCUUCCCGGUGGUUCAAGGAAACAAAGAAGAAGAUCACAUAAUCGGAUCAUAAUGAGAAGAUCAAGCAGAAUUGAUUCACUGAUCUUGAGUUUAAUAUGGUAUUAUCAUUUUGCAUGAUUUUAAAUUGAUAUGCAUAGGUUAGAUUGAUUCAAUAUUCUCAUCUGCAUUAAAGAGUUUUUUUAACAUGCAUAUCAAUUUGAGAUAUUAAUUGAUCUUGGUUAGGAAAGAUUCGAUUGCAGUUUUAAACCUUCCUAUAUUUAUCUUAAUUGAUAAUUAAGACAAGAUUUGAUUGAGGGGGAGUUUUUCUCCCUUAUAAAAGGUUUCGAAACUGAAGUCAAAUGGUGGGUUUUUGAUGCAUAAAAUUGUUCUCUUUUGAACUACUUGUUUUGUUCAUAUCAGUUUCUGAAAAACCCUCUUUACUUGUUUCAUGUAUUCCAUUGCAUAAUCGUUCAUAUUUACUCUCAAGAUCAGUGAUUCAUUUGAGAGCAAGGAAGGUUGAAGAUAGAUUGUCUAGAAUGUUGUAUUAGGAGUUAGAACAGUUGUAAAACAAGUUAGCAUGUGUUGCUAAGUGAAAGUGUUUGUUAUGAACAACACUACUUGUAUUCUGUAAACUCUAGUGAUUCAUAUUGGAUUAUCUUUUCGUGUUGAUUACGUUAAAAGCCACGCAGUGAAGUUUCCUCAGUGGAGAGGUUUACACUGCGUUAGCAAAUCUCCGUGUUAUGAAUCGUAUUUUCUUUGGAUAAAUUCAUAUACAUAAAGUUUUUCUUUA